GAAGAAGUCAGAAAAACCGAGCCGUCGCUGCCUCGGCUGCGAUUUAUAUAUAUAAGUCAUGACAGCUUUUUAUCACUGAUGAUUUCCUAAAUUUCCAACGCCUGAAGCUUCAACAUAUAUCAGUUGCAGAGCUUGCUAGCUCCGAAAACUCCGCGCUUCUCGGGUUGGUCCUAACGCAAUUUACUAUCUCAACCUUUUAAACGGGACGGAGGCCGAUUCCAUUACAACAGACGAAAACUUGAGUUGGGAAAUCUCUAUGAAGUUGAGCUGCCAUGUCGUUGCCAAGUCAUGAAAAUCCGAACGAGUUGACCCGGCACUCGAAUUCAAGCGAUGAGAACGUUAAUGAAGGUUCGACUUGUAGUUGGAGACCAAUUUUGCCAGCCAUGUCGCCAAACGAAUUGACCCAGCAGUUGAACUCUCAGCGUCAGCCAGAAGUUGAGGUGGAGGCCGGUUCUGUGGCAGGAAAUGAAGAUUCGAGUUGUAGUUGGAGACCAUUUUCACCAGCCUUGUCACCGAACGAGAUGAACCACUCGUUGAAUUCUAUUUUUGAGAAUUUAAUUGCUGAACAGCAGUUGAAGUCUCCGGAAAACUUUGAAGUGGAGACCAGUUCCGUGGCACAGACUAAUGAUUUCAGUCCCAUAUGGAUAUCAUUUGUAACAGACAUGCUGUCACUAGGAGAAGAUAAACCAAACGAGGUACCCCAGCAGAGCAAUUCUCCUGAUCAGCAGUUAAAUUCACUUGCUGAGAAUUUAACUGCUGAUCAGCUGUCGAACUCUCAAAGAGACGUUGAAGUGGGAGUAGGGUGUUUUCAACCAAACCGAACCCACCUGGAUCAUGAAGAAAGACCAUCUGAUCAAGCUUCAAAUGGACGAAAACAAAGGGGUCGUACACCAAGGGUAACACCAUUUGACAUAGCAAAGAUCCAACUUGAUCAAGCUGGAGCAUCAGCUGAAGCUUGCAAUGGACAGAAACGAAUUCGCACCGAGGAGCAAGAAAAUGAAAGAAAAAGGAAAAAAAAUGAAAGUGAUAGAAAGUAUCGGGCAGACAUUAGGAGUGAAUUGAAGGUGCUGAGGAAAAUCAAGCCAGAGUACGACAGGCUUAUGACAAUGGCGUCCAGUUUUGGUGGGAUUGAUCAAUUGGAGUCACAGAUUAAUGGCAUGAACUCUGACAUACAUAAACUCCGAGAGGAAGAGGUAGAAUACGACAUGUUUCAGCAAGGAACUGAAAUUCCAGAUCGAGUUCCAUCGAUGAGGGCAAACGAAGUCCAAGUAUGCGGAAUUGAGGAAAUGAAGUCCUUGUCAGACAAAUUCAAGGAAAUGGAGGCCGAUUGCCAUAGACUGCAACUAAUGAAAUCCAAGUACGGAGAAAUUGAGGACAUCGAAUCCAUGUUGGAUAAAUUCAAGAAUAUGGAGGCCGAGUCACAGAGGUUGGCGCAAAUAAAGAUGUCGUUCGGCGGAAUUGAUGAAAUUGAGCUCGAAAUAGUUAGGCUUAAGAAUAUGGAGUUGCAGCUUGAAAGAAAUAAGCAAAUGGUGAACCAAAAGGAACUGGACUCCUUUCAGGCAUCUCCUGGUAGUCUCCAGCAACUGGAGUUGGACCAUAUCUACAGACAACUGCAAAAGGAGGCCGAUUUGGAUCGAUUCGAGCAACUGAAGUCUAAGUAUGGUGGAACUGAGGAAUUGGAAAUCAAGUUGGAUAAAUUCCAUUGGAUGGAGGCCGAGUUACAUAAAUUGGAGCAAAUAAAGUCCAAGUUUGGAGGAGUUGACGAAAUGGAAGCCGAAAUAUAUAGGCUUAAGGAAAUAGAAUCGCAGCACGACAAACAAAAGGAACUGCAGUUUUUUCCGGAAUCUCCUGGUAGUCUCCAGGAGGAGCGUGGAGCGCAGUCAUUGGACUUGAACGGCCGCUCUGACGCGGUGUCAGCUGAUGGAAUCAACCUAAUGUCCCCUGCCGCUGUGAGGGGGACAAAUACAAUGCAUGGCAUGCAGUAUUCUGAUGUGCUUGUGACUAAAUUCAUGGCGAAGCUUGAUGAUGGCAGCGUUGUGAGCAACGUGGACCGCUCCAGCUUCAAAGAUUUAGAUGGAGAGCCCAAAAAAGUUGGCAAGUAUUGUCUCCCACCGUCUCUGGUCUCGACUGCUGAGGAUAUCAUCAAGGCCUAUGGUGAUAUCACGAAAAAAUGCAAGUUCAGUCCUAGAAUUAUUGAAGUUAUUUAUGUUUUGUUUUGUGCUGCAAUCAAAGAGAUGGGUGAUCUGUCGCUUAAACAAGUUACAGAAGAAGUUAUGUUGAAGUGGAGAGACGCCAUCAGGGAUGCUGACCGCAGUGCAUGUGAUGUGGAAUUUGCUAUGAAACAUUUGAAGCAGAUUGCUUAUGGUUACUUUGGUCUCAAAGCGUACAAUGACCACAAUAGCUUGAAACAGAGGAUGACAGUUCUAAAGGCCGAAGAAGAAGUCUUGAGAAAGGAGCUUGAAAAGAAAACAAAUGAGAUGAAGGCCGUUAAAGCCAAAGAAGGAGACUUAACAUCUGAGCAAUGCAAGGUUUGUCAGGAAUUAGCGGAUCAAUUUUUGGACAAAACCAUCAGUGUUUUUUGAUUAAUUGGAUCUAUGUUUUUUUUUAUUCUUUUGAGUAAUCUUGGGUCGUAGAUCAGUACUUUGUUGUAGAAGUUAAGUCAUUCAGUUUUAGGUGGAAAGUAGAGAAGUUGGUAGCAGUAGAGACUAGAGACUAAGGCUUUUAGUCCUUUAGAGAAAUCUUCAUUUUUCUUUAUUUUUGUUUAGUUUUUAAUUUAUUACUGUUUUUGGUUUACUGAGGGAAAGAGGAAGAAAUUAGGGCUCUGGUUUCUUAACUACUUUAGGAGCUAGCUAAGUGAACAUAGUGCUGUUAUAUCUGAAAAACUUGUUGAAAACAAAUAGAAUUGGUGUUUAUAUAUGUAGAGCAUAACAGUUUGGUUUUUCA